AAAGAAAAAAAAAAUCAAGACCACAACCAAAAAUCAAGCACCCCAUGGAAGAAGAAGGGGCAGAUCCAAAUAUCACAGCCAAAACCAUAGGCACCGAUGCCGGUUUACAGAAAAAACACCAAGUUAUGCUCGACCGCCUCUCUAAUCGCCACCAAACUCGUUUAGACAACUCACUAGCUCGCCGAUCCGACUCAACCAACUCCUCUGAGUCCACCUCUUCUUUUCUCUCUCGCUUCUCCCAUUCAAAGCAAUCCAUCGAGUCCCUACUCGCCGACUCCCGUCUCAUUGCUCAAUCCGAGCCAUCUCGCCUCAAGUCUCAUUUUACCGAUAUCUCCUCCUCCAUCUCGGACCUCGAAAAACUCGUCGCCGAGAGCUCUUACUUCCUUCCUUCUUAUGAAGUCCGCUCUUCUCUCAAAACCGUCUCCGAUUUAAAGCAAAAUCUCGAUACUCUAAACUCCGAAUUGACCCCAAAACGGAAAUUCUCUUUCAAAAACAAAGCCACGGCUAAAAAGGAACACCCCAAAGAACCUGAACCCGUGAAACCCGACACCGUUUCGAUAUCCAAUUUCAAAAUCCCUGAUUCCCCAGGGUUUAGAAAUAAAUCAAACGAAACCCUAGUGAAGAAAUUCAAGGGAACGCAAGUUGGGGAAUUUACGCUAUCCGAUCUGGAUUCUUGCGAAGUAAGAUUAACCGGCUGCUGCAAUGCGGUUUUCAUGAACAAAUUGAAGAAUUGCAAGGUUUAUUUGGGUCCGGUAACUGGGUCGAUUUUGAUAGAGGAUGUGGAAGGGUGUAUUUUCGUAUUGGCUUCGCAUCAGAUUAGGAUUCAUUUGGCGAAAAGGUGUGAUUUUUAUUUGAGAGUGAGGAGUAGGCCGAUAAUUGAGGACAGCAAUGCUGUAAGAUUCGCACCGUAUUGUUUGGAUUGUGAAGGGAUCGAGAUUGACUUGGAGAAGGCAGGGUUAAGUGAGGAGACGGGGAAUUGGGAGAAUGUGGAUGAUUUUAAGUGGCUGCGAGCUGUGCAGUCACCAAAUUGGUGUGUUUUGCCCGAGACUGAGAGGGUUCGCAAGGUUCAUGUUGCGGACUUUGAAAGCUGAAUUGAAGGUAGUUAAAGAUUGUUAUCUAUUUUGAAUUAUUAAAGCUUGUUAUGUUUCUGUUUGAAUUUAUGUUUAUCGCUCUUGUUUUAGAAUGGAAUUGGAAAUGAAAGCGGCAAAGGAACAUUUUUUUAUCUUU